CUUACAGCACGAUUUGUUCUAUAACAAAAGAAAAUGUUGUCUGGAGUUUGAAAUUAUUUAUAUUCUCCUGAAGAGAUUGUUAAAUAUUUCGACAUUCGGCAGUUUGAUGUUUUCGUCCAGCACAGGAUAAUCUAUGCAACAGUAAUGUGUGUAAUUGUUCUUCAAUGUGUGUUUGUUUGAUCAGAAUGCAGCCAGCAAGAACAAGAUUAAAAAAAAAAAAAAAAAAAAAAGACUCAAGAAGCAACUCAGAACAAGAGGAGGAAGAAAAGCUCACAAUCAAGACUUCUUCUCAACCCAGUCGUGUUUGCAUCAAUUUCCCUUUGAGACAGAAUGGAAGUACAAAACGCGUUGAGGAUUGUGAUGCUGGGAAAAUAUGGAUCUGGGAUUAGCAGUCUGGCUAACACCAUACUUGGAGAAAACUACUUCGAAAUCAACAGUUUAAGUGACUCAGAAACACGUUUUUCUCAGAGCAAAACCAAAUCUGUCCAGGGCAGAGUCCUCACUUUGAUCGACUCUUCUGGAUUGUUCCUCCCGGGCAGGUCUGAGGAGGACGUGAAGGCCUCCAGACUCCGCUGUAUGAUAGAGUGCGCUCCAGGGCCGCACGCUUUCCUCAUCGUGCUCAAAGUGGAGAAAUUCACAGAGCAGGAGGAAGACAUCAUCACACAAAUCUGCAAACUCUUUUCUGAAGACGCCUUGAAAUAUGCAGCGGUUGUCUUCACUAAGGGGGACCAGCUGCCCGAAGGGAUGAAGAUCAGUAAGUUUGUUGAUGACAGCAAGGCUCUGAGUGAGCUGGUGAGGAAGUGUGGAGGGCGCUGCCACGUCUUUGAUAACAAAUACUGGAAGCAAACCCAGCAGGAUGAGUACAGAAGCAACCAGUUCCAGGUGGCAGAGCUGCUGAAGAGCAUAGACCAGAUUGUGAAGAUGCACAGUGGUGGUUACUACACCAAUAACAGGCUUCAGGAGGUGGAGAGUGAAAUCCAAACAGCGCAAGAGCAGAUCAGAGAGUCAUCAGAAAACAUGGUGGAGGAAGACAUCAGGGAGCAGGCUAAAAGGAGGUUCUUUGAGAGGUCGCUGGAAUGUCGCCAACGCUUAUCUUCUAUGUUCAGAUGGGUGAUGCGCCUUGUCGUACCGGGAUUACUUGCAAUUGUCGUUGGUGUGAUCGGUUCAAAACUGAAGAAGUUUUUAUAUGAAAGAAUAUAUGAUCCAUGGAAUGAGCACUGAAGAAGUAAUGAAAUAGAAAACCUGGAUGAACCUUUCAGAUUGUAAUUUUUUUAAUGGGAUCAAUAUCUAUUGGCUAGUGAGGCUUUAAUUUGAUUUGUGUGUUUAUUGUUGCAGGCCUGAACUGAUCAGAAAUCACACUUUUUACUUUUCCACAAUGCUUGAGAAAUGACAAUAAAAUAUGUCAUAACUUCAGUGAUGAUUCCAAAUGUGUAUAAACUGUUGACUUUAAUUCAUUAUAUACAACAUGCAUGCAUUUAUUCUAUUGUGCUAUAUUCUAAAACCGGCUAGACUUCUUCUUUUUUUGUAUCUUUUUUUUUUUUUUUGCUUUCAAACAAUAUCUACGAUGUUUUUUUAUCACUUGGCUGUGAGUGAAUUAAGCAACAAUAAAGAAGCUUCUUUGUCA